CGCAUUACGUCUCCUGGGGAGCCGGCGCAUGCGCUCACGGCGGGGGCGGUGUGUGGGUGCGGGUGGCCCAGCUCCGGGUUGCCAGCAGCAACGCCCUGCACAAGAACCGCAGGGCGGCUGCUGGAGUGUAGUGGUGCGGGAGCGCGAAGGGGCAGCCUUCGCUUCUUUGUCCUCCUGUCUCGUCUUGCCCCGUCCCUGGGCCGGUCCCAGCCCGCCCGGCAGAUCCAGAGAUGGAGUACCCUGAACCAUGUCACCCUGAAGAAAAGGAAUUAUGUCGGCCCACACCUCUUAACCCGGGCGACCGAGGACUAUUUGAUUGAUCCAUCAUUGAAACAGAAAUUUCAAAAGAGAACAGACAGUUUCCAAGGACACUCUUCUCGCCUUGAUACACAGCUGAAAAAGGUCGAAAAAGAAAAAAUGAUAAAACAACAAAAAAAGGAAACUGGACAGAUUACAGAAAGCGGUAAUUGCCUUGAAAGAUAUCCAUCAAUAGCUACCCUAUCAUCUUCGGAUUCAGUACUUACACCUUCAUUUGACAUUUCAAAGUUACCUGAAAGAGUAAUAGUACAGAUUUUCCACCUUCUAAGUGUCAUCGAUUGGGCAAACUGUGCUCAAGUCAACAGUACCUGGAGAUCCAUGACAUAUCUGAGAUCAUUGUGGAGUGAUAUCAAUUUUUCCUUAGUGUAUCAAAUAGUCAAUGACAGAUUUAUAGGAUGCAUACUACAAAGAUGGCGACCUAAUGUGUUACGUCUGAAUUUCCAUGGAUGUUCUUCCCUUCAGUGGCCUUCCUUUAAAUUGAUCAAUCAGUGUAAAAAUUUACAAGAACUAAAUGUUUCUCAAUGUGAAGGACUAAAUGAUGAUGCAAUGAGAUAUGUGUUAGAAGGCUGCCCAUCUCUUAUUCAUCUGAAUAUAGCUCAUACAGAUAUUAGUAAUGGAACACUAAAACUACUUUCAAGAUGUUUCCCCAACUUACAGAAACUUAGUUUGGCUUAUUGCAGAAACUUCACAGAGAAAGGUUUACUGUACCUGAAUUUAGGCAAAGGAUGCCACAAGAUCACCAAUUUGGACCUUUCAGGUUGUACUCAGAUUUCAGUUCAAGGCUUCAAGGAUAUUGCAAGCAGCUGCACUGGAAUAAAGCACUUGGUCAUCAAUGAUAUGCCAACUCUGACGGAUAAUUGUAUAAAAGCUUUGGUUGAAAGAUGCAAAAGCAUUACAUCUGUAAUAUUCAUUGGUUCACCACAUCUCUCUGACACUGCUUUUAAAUAUCUUACUGACUGUUCACUUAACAAGGUUCGAGUUGAAGGGAAUAAUCGGAUCACAGACUUAACUUUUAAACUUAUGGAUAAACAUUACGGAGAUCUCAGCCAUAUUUACAUGACUGAUUGUGAACGGAUUACUGAUGUCAGCCUUAAGUCAAUUGCUAAUUUGAAGAAUCUUGUUGUAUUGAAUUUAGCCAAUUGUAUAAGAAUUGGUGAUGUUGGCCUUCGGAGCUUUCUUGGUGGACCUUCAAGCUCAAAACUUAGAGAACUGAAUUUAACUCAUUGUGCUCAAAUAAGUGAUCUUUCCCUUGCAGAAAUGGGAGAAAGGUGUCGUAGUCUUACCUACUUGAAUUUACGUAGUUGUACACAGUUGACUGAUUGUGGGAUUGAGUUCAUUACCAAGCUUCCCAACUUGAUUUCAAUUGAUCUUUCUGUAACAGCCAUCACUGAUGAGGCUUUGACAUCACUGUCCAAUCAUAAAAAGUUAAAAGAACUUAGUGUUUCUGAGUGUGAAUUCAUCACGGAUUCAGGAGUUAAGCAUUUCUGUCAGUCAACACCAAUUUUGGAACAUCUAGAUGUGUCUUUCUGCCUUAAGCUUUCUGGAGAAAUUUUGAAAGCACUAUCCACUAAGUGUCUUAGGCUGACAUCACUCAGCAUCGCUGGCUGUCCAAAGAUGAAUGACUUGGCCAUAAGGAUUUUGAGCAAAAAAUGCCAUUAUCUUCACAUCUUGGAUGUCUCUGGGUGUGUACGCCUUACUGACAAAGCCAUUGAAUACCUUCUGCAAGGCUGCAAACAGCUUCGGAUCUUGAAGAUGCGGUACUGCAGGAGGAUUUCCAAGGUGGCAGAUUUCCGAAUUUCAUCUCAAGUUAAAUGCCGUGAAUACAGUAUAGAGGACCCUCCCUUUUGGUUUGGCUAUGAUCACAAAGGGAUCAUCUUCCGUGACAGAGUGAGAGUUAAAGUCUCUAAUGGAAAGACAAGAAAAUCAACAUUGGAGAGUUCAAAGGAUAUAGAAAACACAUUACAAAUUUCCUCCAAAAUCAAAGGAUGAACAUCAAGCAACCUAAAAGGUCUCUGAAUGACUUUUGUUUGCUUGGGGAAAAUAUUCAUUGCAUCUCAUGCUAAGAAUCUUUCCAUAUAGAAGCAAUAGUAAUUUAGCUUCCAUUUCUUAUUCCAACUACAAUUUCCAUAAGGUAUUGCUGAUUCUUUUUAUCUAUAAUAAUAAUAAAAAAAAAAAGCAAAAUGAAGUCACUGUCCUGCCCAUUAAAAACAAUAAUUUUGUCGCUCCACUAAAUUUUGAUGUCUACAGGUAUGGAGGUGACUGUGUAUUUUUAGAGGCUAGGCCAGCAUAGAAUGAAAGAAAGCCUACUUUAUAACAAGGAAGACCUGGUUUCAUGUCCCACUUUAGCCACAUUCUGAUUCGGUGAUCCUGGGCAAGUCACUCAACUUCUAGUGCCUUAGAUACUUGUCUAAGACCAGCAAUGGUUCAGGGAAAUUGUCAGAAAUUCAGAUGUCCAGGGAAGCCUAGGUUCAGUUUGUAGCGUAAACUCCAGCAGGUCUACCCACCUCCUGCAAAGAUGGUUAUAACAUGUACCUGUGAUCUGAGGACCUGCUUAGGGAGGCUCCUCACCAGUGGGGUUCCAGACAAUGAACUUUUCUACCACAACCACUCAUGGGAGACUCUCUGCUCCAGUGAUAAGAAAAUGUGAUCUGGGAUAGGUGGGGAGAUUUCCAUUUACUUCAGAAGUCCAAGAGUCUACUUUUUUAGUGGUGCUGGAAGUUUGCUUAAAUUUCUAUCUUUGAGCCUAAAGCCCCAAUACUAAAUGUUAAACUUGCUUUUCCUAAUAGAGAUCAUACAAUGAUGCUUAUAUGAUAAGAAAAAUAAGGAUAGUAAGCCAAAGGAAAUGUUGUAGAUUGUAAGCUAUAUGCUACUGUAAUAUAAUGGGAAGGAGAAGGGAAAGGG